AUGAACGUCUCGGACCCCCUCGAGGUGGCGGAAAUUGCCCGAGCCAGGGCUGCUGCUCAUGAUGUUGAAAUAAACGAGAAGAUGGACCACAAAUUGUCUCUCACGCCUAGCAUUGAGGAGGUUCCUCCCGCGUCAAAGGAAGUGGGAGUCUCGUCUGCGGUUUACGAGGACGACCAUGCCCAUCUGCAGAGGCAAUUCCCCUCCGAUGACGAGUUUAAGCACCUCCGUCGGGUAGCGGGCGAUAUUCCUUGGACUGCGUACACGGUGGCGUUUGUCGAGCUGUGCGAGCGUUUCUCCUACUACGGCACAACUGCAGUUUUCGUCAACUUCAUCCAGCGUCCUCUUCCCGAGGGCUCGACCACUGGUGCGGGAUAUGACCACUCGAAUCCCGGUGCGCUGGGUAUGGGCCAGCAGGCGUCCACUGGUCUGACAUUGUUCAACGCGUUCUGGUCUUACAUGAUGCCCCUGGCCGGUGCCUACAUGGCUGACCAGUACUGGGGUCGAUUCCGGACCAUCAUGUUCUCCAUUGCCGCUGCACUUCUGGGCCAUAUCAUCUUGAUCGUCUCGGCCUUGCCUCCGGUUAUUGCGAGCCCUAAUGGUGCCAUUGCCUGCUUCUCUAUCGGUUUGCUGAUCAUGGGCGUGGGUACCGGUGGUUUCAAGUCUAAUAUCUCUCCCCUGAUCGCCGAACAAUACCGCGAAGAAGUCCCCUAUAUCAAGACUCUCAAGAACGGCGACCGCGUGAUUGUUGAUCCCGCCGCCACCAUCUCCCGCAUCUACCUGUACUUCUACAUGAUGAUCAACAUUGGCUCGAUCCUGGGCCAGGUCAGCAUGGUGUAUGCGGAGAAAUACGUCGGUUUCUGGCUGUCCUACUUCCUGCCCACCAUCAUGUACCUGGGCUGCCCGGCUGUGCUGUUCUUCUGCCGCAACAGGUAUCACCUCGUCAAGCCCACCGGCUCGGUCUACAGCCAGGCCAUCCGUCUGUGGAGACUGGCGAUGAAAGGACGUUGGUCGCUCAACCCUGCCAGAAUCUGGAAGAAGAACCCGAAGCCCUUCUGGGACUCGGUCAAGCCCUCUGCUCUGGGUCCCGACCGUCCCCAGUGGAUGACCUUUGACGACGAAUGGGUCGACGAGGUCAGCCGUGGUCUCAAGGCCUGCAAGGUCUUCCUCUGGUACCCACUGUACUGGCUCGCCUACAACCAAAUGAUCAACAACCUCACCUCGCAAGCGGCGACCAUGCGUCUGGGCGGCGUUCCCAACGACGUCAUCAACAACCUCAACCCCCUCUCCCUCAUCAUCUUCAUCCCCAUCAUGGACAAGUUCGUCUACCCGGGCCUGCGCCGCAUGGGCAUCAAGUUCACCCCGCUCAAGCGCAUCACCGCGGGCUUCUUCUUCGCCGGCAGCGGCAUGAUCUGCGCCACUGUCACCCAGUACUAUAUCUACAAGAUCGGCCCCUGCGGCAAGGAAGCCAACUACUGCCUCGACGAGCUGAACAAGCACUCCGACAUCUCCGUCUGGGUGCAGACCCUCACCUACGUGCUCGGCGGUGUCUCGGAGAUUUUUGCUUCGGUGACUUCCCUCGAGUACGCCUUUACCAAGGCGCCCAAGAACAUGCGCUCGCUCGUGCAGGCUGUCGCGCUGUUCAUGAAUGCGUUCUCGUCUGCGCUGGGCCAGGCGCUCGUCGGUCUGUCCGAGGAUCCGCUGCUCGUCUGGAACUAUACCGUUGUGGCGAUCCUGGCGUUCGUCGGCGGCACUGGCUUCUGGUUGACCAACUACAAGUUGGAUAAGCAGGAGGAUGCGCUGAAUCAUUUGCCGCCCAGUCGCUAUGGUGGCAACAAUCCUGAUCCUAAGCUGGAUGAGGAGACCGCGCGGCAGUAG